UUGGCAUUUUUUUCUCUCUGAAAGUAUGACAAUUAUAUAAGGGCCUUUUCAGCGAGUUAUUCACUCCGCUACGUCUGAGCACAGGUUUACGUUCCCCCACACACACAACACUGACUGUGACCAUGGGUGAAAAAGUUGUUCUUACCUACUUCAAUGGCAGAGGGAGAAUGGAGGCGAUUCGCUGGCUUUUGGCAGUCGCAGGAGUUGAGUUCGAGGAGGUGCUCCUGACCACCAGGGAGCAGUAUGAGAAACUCCUCGCAGAUGGAGACCUCAUGUUUCAGCAGGUUCCACUGGUGGAGAUUGACAACAUGAAGCUGGUCCAGACCAAGGCGAUCAUGAAUUACAUCGCAGAGAAGUACAAUCUCAAUGGGAAAGAUCUCAAAAACCGUGCCAUGAUUAACAUGUACACAGAAGGAUUGAUGGAUCUCAUGGAGAUGAUUAUGACGUUGCCCUUUGUUCCCGAUCCAAAAGCGAAAGUGGACAAUAUUCAAACAAAAGCAAAAGAGCGCUUUCUCCCCGUGUUUGAAAAGGCUCUGUGUGGGCCCAUUUACCUAGUGGGAGGAGAACUAAGCCGUGCAGAUGUGCACCUACUUGAAUGCAGCCUGAUGCUGGAGGAGAAGCUUCCAGGCAUCCUCAGCGAGUUUCCCAACAUCAAGUCUUUUCAGGGCAGGAUGACACAGAAUCCUGCCAUCAAAAAGUUUCUGGAGCCAGGCAGCAAGAGGAAGCCACAGCCAGACGACGUCUAUGUGAAAACAGUGAGGGAGGUGCUACGGUUUUAACUUGCACUGUAAUUAACGAGCUCUGUAAAAGAUCUCCUCACAUGUUCAAGACCACUGUCAACAUGUAUGUCAACAUAUAACAUGUAGACUGAAUAAAAUAAAACAUUUUCA